GUAAUAUGUUGCUGUACAGACCGCCGCGAGCGAAGGUGUCCGAUUUGGGACUCGCGCGAGAAGUGGACGAACAUUCGCAGUACACAAAAACAUCACAAAAUGUACAGCUACCUGUUAGGUGGAUGGCUCCGGAGAACAUCAUGGAAUUCAAGGCAAACCAGGCCACUGAUGUCUGGGCCUUUGGCAUUACAACUUGGGAGAUUAUAUCUAAUGGGAUGAUGCCAUUUCAUACCCUGACUAACAAGGAGGUGAUAGUGCUCUUGACCAAUCCAAAUACGAUCAUCAGCACCUAUCUGAUAAAGCAAGAUCAUUGGACCGACGAGAUUUACAAAACGGUAUUGGAUUGUACCGCUUUUGAACCGGACGAUAGGCCAUCAUUUGACAUGCUCAGAAAUGAUUUUAUGAGGAUGGUGAAUAAUUUGGGACCUUUGACUGUCGAUGAAAAGAACCACCUGAUGACCUACAACGGAAAUAUAAAGUGCAAGUUCACAUGGAUGAUGAACGAUGAUGACGUCAACGCAUUAGUACGUGCGAACACCAAGAAAAUAACUGGGCAGAGCCCGGACAGCCAUAGAGUCUAUACCGAGCUACAAAAGCCGAUGUCGGGUGUGUCACAAAACCUCGAUAGUUCGACGAAUCUAUUUGAUUCUGGAACAUCUAGGGACACUGUGAGCUGCCGUGGUUGUCUUGACGAGGUUGUACCAUCGGGUGGGCCAUUGGAUUCUUAUAUGGAUAGGAUUUUGAAAUCAAAAACAAAGAAAUAACACUUCUAGUUGUGAAUCCAGCAAGAUUCGCAUCCAAACUCAUUUAGAAUAAACCAAACAACUACGAAAA